AUGAGUGUGUUAAAAAAAGUUGAUGAAAUAGUGCAUUUCAUUCAACAAAAAUAUCCAACAAUGGAAUUUGAUGGCAUAGGUGUAUCUCACGAAGCAAUAAGUGAUAUAUGUAAUGUAAUAUUAAAAAAAGGUAAAUGCAAUAAAGCUAAAAAAAAUUUAGUUAUGGCAUUGAACAAUGCAAACUCAGCUUUGAGGAAAUCAUUAGGAGCAAAAACAGAAAAUAAUACAAAUUUGCGUAAACAGCUUGAAGAUAAUGAUUACUCGAGAAAUGAUUUUUGUACAUAUACAACAGAAAUUGCUAAUUUAGUAUGCAAGUUAUUAAAAGUUAAAUGUGAUCGUAGAAAUCAAAUCAGAGUAUUCAAACGUUGUCAGUUAAGUUUUAACGAAAAUGAAGCUUGUACAAGUUCUGAUGUAUCAUCCCAAACGAACAUGUUAGAUAAAGAUAAUCAUAUAAAUGAAAGUUCAGCAGUAUGUGUCAAGAGAAAACUAUUUAUAGACAGUUCUCCUCAAAAAGAAAACAAUUAUAAAUCCGAUACAAUUGUAGAUGAGUUGGACAUUGGUUUGAAUAAAAAUGAUCUUGAAAUCAAAGAACAUAGUUUUAUUAACAACAAGCCUGGUUUGCUUAAUAUUUCUAUUCAAAUUGAUGAUGAAUGCUGUAAUUCAACAGAAGAACUUUAUGUCACCGAGGAAAUGUUAACCACCCCCAAGCGUAAAUUAAAUGUUUCAUUUACUGGAGAUUUGUUUACCCCAGUAAAGAUAUUUCAAUCUAUAUCUGUCUGUAGUGUACCAGAAGAAAUUGAUAAUAAUAAGACUACCGUUUCUAUUAAAGAAAUUACUGAUGUUACUGAGGAAAAUAUGUUAACCACCCCCAAGAGUAAAUCAAAUGUUUCAUUUACUAGAGAUUUGUGUACCCCAGUAAAGAGAUUUAAAUCUAUAUCUGUCUGUAACACACCAGAAGCAGAUCGCAAAGCAUUGCCUAAAAACUCAAAGAAUGUAUAUCCCUUAAAAGUAAGGUCCUUUAAUGAAGGCAAUAAAAUGGAAAGGGUGAUUUCUUACAAAAAGUGUAAUUUUGUGGAAGGAACUAUUAGCUUACAGGAUGAAGAAUUGAAGCAAAUAGUCGAUAACUCAAUGCAAAAAAAUCUUGUCGUUUCAAAUGAAAUAAAUGAUUUGUUACGUGAAAAAUUUGAAACGGUAAAUAACUCUUGUGUAUUGACCAUCAAGAAUAAAAAUAUUACCAAGAAAGGAUUAACAUGUUAUGGUGUAUGUCGACAUGAAUCUUGUAAGCAGUUUAAACUUAAGGUGGAGAAAAAAUCAACAGAAAGUUUGGCACAAAUAACAGUUCUGAGUAACAGCCACAAUUACAGCCACAAAGGAAAACUGACUACAUUCUUGAAAGGAAGAAAUCGACAAAUACAAAAACAAAUGUCUAAGUACUGCCCACCGAUGACUUUACGACAAAAAUAUAUUUUAAAAGCAUCUCCGAGUAAACUUAAGCGUGGUAACUUGUGUAACAUCAGGUCUGAUCGCGUGUAUUAUAAAGUGUCUCAUGAACAAAAGAGUCUUGAUGAUCGAGCAGCCGACGACAGAAUCGAUAUGCAUUUAUUGAAAGAUAAUAAUUCAGAAUUUAUUCAGUAUGUAUCUGAUCCAAAAGAGAAAGAUUUUGAAACGUAUUUAUUUAGUCAAGAACAAAUAGACGUUUUAAGAAAAAUAAGAUGUUUUACGAUUCAUGUCGAUGCGACUGGAGGGGUGGUGAGAGAAACUACAAGAGAUCCAACACUAUUCAAAACAGGAAAAAGAAAAGAGAAAUUAUUAUUGUAUUAUGCAGCUGUCAUUGUGUGCAAUAAGAGGAUAAUUCCAAUAGCAGAAUAUCUGUCGACUACACAAACUGCUAGUGCGAUAACAAAUUGGCUAACAGAGUUUCGAAAAUUCUAUGAACAACAAUGUGGUACAAAGUUCACAGCACACGUAGUCAGUGACUUUUCUACAGCAAUAUUAAAAGGGUUUGUGAGAGCAUUCAACGAAUGUAACGAGGUCGUUGAAUAUUUGAAUAAAUGUUAUGAGUUCAUGUAUGAGGGGAAAUUGUUUAAUUGCAAUGCACUGAUAAGUCUUUGUUGUUGUCAUUUAAUCAAAAAUAUCUCCGACGAUGCUCAUAAAUAUUAUAAAGGAAAUGGAAAGAAGAUGACCAAUGGCUCUUUGGCAUGCUUGGCAACUGCGUGUAUCUCUCCAGCUUUCAACAUAACCACCACGGAAUGUCUGGACAAAUGGUUCACUGCAGUUACAACGGUGUUGUUGUCACCCAGAAAGACUGAAGAUGUGGAUGAUGCCAUGGAGACCUUGAAGCAGCUCAAUGAUGGAAAUCCAAGUAGUCUAGUUGAUGAUCUAAUCACAAAACAAAAAAAUGUUACAUUAGAUGAACAAAUAAGAGAUGCUAAGACGUUUUACCGGUACAAAGAUUCCAAAUUUUUGUCCCGCUUUGAAAAUAUAGUUGAUCGGGUAAAAGAAACAUUAGAAAUGUGUCCUAGUUUUGAAGAAAAUCCAUUGUAUAGCGUUGAAUUUCACAAUGAUAUCAUGGGGUCUAUCAUUCCGGUGAUUCCAAUGUGGACAGGCGUGAUGCGGUUCAAAGUAUAUGGGUCCACAGACAGAGCAAGCAAUGCUCCAGCAGAGAGUUGGUUUGGAGAUUUAAAAACCAACAAAAAAUGUCGGCGAAUGAAAUGUGGAAGAUUUGUUCAACUUACUAGAAGUAUUAUAUUGAGUAAAUGUAAAGAAGUACUGCUAGAUAUACCUUCAAAUUAUUGUUCACUUCCUCCGGUCCAAAAUAAACAAAAGAAAACUGCAAAAAAAGAAUGUACACCAUUUAUUAGUUUGGUUUCGUCAUCAUCUGAUGACAACGAGGAAAAAGAACAUUGGGGACCUAGAAAGAAAAAAACGGGUUUCUACUUCCAGGGUCAUUUAAAAGCUGCAACAAAGAAACUUCAGACGCAAAUAGUUAUAAAGCCUUCAUCCCCGAUAGAUAAUAUAAAAGAUGAUAGGAUUUGUAUGACACCGAAUGUAAAUUUGCUCUUACUUGAUUCCCAAAAAACAGAGGACGAAAUAGUAACUCCAAAUACAAGGGCAUUAUCAGAAUCUUUUGUUUCUAUAAAAAGUUACAAAUCUCCAGUAGAUGGUCUACGGUGCAAAAUGGAUUUAUACAAAAACAGAUUACCAAAGGAUAAAAAUUAUUAUGGCCCUGUUUUGAAGAAAGACGGAACACGAUUAGAUUAUAUAGUCGGAUGUUAUUAUAGUGUUACAGACAUAACUAAGUGUUAUGAUUUAUGUUUCAGUAGCUUUGACUCAAUAUCAAUUCAUGAGAUUGAAAAAAAAAUGUGGCUAGAUAAUUAUGUUAUUGAGAUAGCUUUGGGCGUAAUGAGAGAGAAAUAUUGCGAGUUUAAGAAUAAAAUAAAAAUAUUGUGCUGUGAAAUAACGUCUUAUUUAAAUAGCAAUAUUUCAGAUAUGGAUAUUAUAAUUGUUCCAGAAAACUGCUUACUUGUAAUGCCAUUGCAAGUAAGAAGUAACCACUGGGUGAUUAUGUUUGCAGACUUUGAAAAUCAUAAAUUCUAUUUUUUUGACCCAUAUGAAACUAUGGAAUAUAAUAAAUGUAGACAUAACUUUGUGAAUAUAUUAGGUCAGCUGAAAAAAAAUCAUGUGUAUGGAGAGGUAGGAAAGGUUUGGCCGAAGUUGGAUUUUCAAAAAUUUUCUAAAUAUCCCAAACAACCACACACUGAUUUUUAUAACUGUGGAGUUUAUGUGUUGUACUUUGCAGAGUGCAUAUUAAAAAAUAAGUUUGAAAACGUUAAAUUCAAUGAAGCAUUCUGCCCAAUAGUGUAUAGAGAGGUGUUAAAAGAUCUAUUGUUGGAAGAAUCUGAUUUCAUGAGGGAUAUCUGUUUGUAUUGUGGCCGUACGGAUAAACAACACAGACAUAUAAAAGAGGAGAAUGUCGAUUGGGUUCAAUGCGAUACAUGUAACAGAUGGAUAAUAGUACAAUGUGUGAAAGAUGCAGAACAGAUAUUAGAUAUUGAUGGUAAUUUUGAAUGUCUUUUGUGUAUAUCCUAUUCAAAAAGAUUACUAAGUAAGUAUUGA